AUGCCUCCAGUUCCAAUAACACCACAUCCUGAUAUCUCCAUAUGGCAUCCCAAAGUAUUAUUAUUAUCUGCAGGAAUAACCACAUCAAUAAUCUUAUCAAUUAAAUUCUAUAAACGUUAUGUAAAGCGCGUAAGAACUUACCUUGAUAUUUCCCAAUCAAUAAUAACAAACAGAACAAAAUUAUAUGGAUUUGUCACUCGAGUAGGAGAUGGUGACAAUUUCAGAUUCUAUCAUACACCAGGUGGAUUCUGGUUAGGUUGGGGAUGGUUACGUAAAAUACCCAAGGAUAUUAAAGGUCUCAAAGAUCAAACAUUGAUGGUCAGAUUAUGUGGCGUAGAUGCUCCAGAAAGAGCACAUUUUGGACAUCCGGCACAACCAUUUUCAGAAGAGGCAUUGUUGUGGUUACGCAACUAUGUUCUGGGAAGAUUUGUUACUAUAACUCCAUAUUCAAUUGAUCAAUACAAACGAGUAGUGGCGAGAGCUACUAUUUGGACUUGGUUGGGAAGGAAAGAUGUUUCUGCAGAGAUGUUGAAACAGGGUUAUGCAAUUGUGUAUGAAGGUAAAACAGGGGCCGAGUUUGGUGGUAAUGAAGAAUGGUAUAGGAAAUUGGAAGCAAAAGCAAAAAAAUUAAAACGAGGAUUAUGGAAAUUGGGUAAAAAAUUUACAACUCCAGGAACGUUCAAACGGAUUCAUUAUAGAGGGGAAUAG